AUGUCCUUUAAUAAGCAUCAAGUGCCAGUUACCACUUAUGAAAACUCAGAAUACAAUAGCGAUUCUGGGGAUGAUUUGCCAAAUCUAACAAGCGAUAAGCAACGAGUGCGAAAAUAUAAAUAUCUUAACCGCCCUGAUUGCCCUAGAAAAGAAUGCCUUUAUGCCUCGGAAAAUGUUCAACCCGAAGGAUGGGUUAUCCGGCAAGAGUAUCCUCAUAGCUAUAGAUAUUUCGAUAACUUAUCUGAGUUUGAAAUAUGGCAUGAUUCGAUACCUGAAAACCAGCGUACAUUUCAUGAAGUUAUUCGGACUGGGCAAUCACAAAAAAUCAAGAUUGAUGUGGAUGGUGAAUUAGAAAAGUUUGCAUCAUAUCCCGAUCCUUUAGAUAGAAUAGAAAUAUCUCUUGGACAGAAAUCGUUUGAUGGUUUCAUCACUAAUACAUAUCUUCAUUUAUGGCAGAAGUCAACUGAAGUUACACGUAAAAAAGACGAGAUUUAUUUAUACAUUAAAAAUGCUCUCCGAAUUGCUAUAAAAGAAAUAACUGGAUUAGUUCUUUCAAAAGAUGAUUUUCUUGUAGCCGAUUCCUCGAAUGAGUCUAAGUGGAGUAAACAUUUGAUAUUACCUAGAUAUUUCGUUCGUGGUGCAUCCAAAGCUCGAAAAUUUACAUCGCGAAUCUUAGAACUUCUUCCAGAAAGAAUGCAUCCUUUCAUUGAUGAAAAAGUAAACAAGGAUCUCCAUUGCUUUCGACUAGCAGGAAGUCAUAAAGCCAAAGACUCUUCACGUAUUAAGCACAUAUGUUCAAAUCAUACUUGGAGAGAGUCACUCAUCACUCAUAUUGAGAAAGAUUCCAUAGAACUCUGGCCAUAUGAAUGGGAAGAAGAUAAAAAGCUGAAAAAUGAGUCUGUCUCACGUGAAAAGAGUGAUACCGCGAUAAAAAUA